AUGCCCAGAAAAGUACAAACGUGGGACGAUUACGACUCCGCUGUCGACCAGGUACGAACGCCGUCGUCGUUGAGCAACACCAUCCAUAGCUGGCAUUAUCCUCACACCAUCCGACUCCGACUUUAUCGAUCAACUGAUUCCAGUCCUCAAAGAUGCGACAGCAAGCGGUCGAACAGCAACGCUCGUCCAGAGCUUUCCCAGUAUGCAGAGGAGCGGGAGGGCGACAUUGAACGGAUCGGCUUGACGCAACACGAAGAGUUCCUUGGCUCCGUCAGCCAACUACAAACAAUACGAGAGGAGACCGUAGCUUUGACUGCCGAAAUUCUCGACCUAAACCAGUCGAUCCAAGCGAGUACCGAAAAGUUAGCGGAGCAGAAACAGGCAUUGGUCGAUACACGCCGCGUCCGCCAGAACAUCACCGACGUCUCCGAUGCGCUCAGGGAAUCACUCAAGAUCAUGCAUGCUGUCAACAAUGCCCAUGACCUGAUUCGCAAGAAGAAGUACUAUGGCGCCCUCAAAUCGCUGGAGGACCUCCAAAACGAAUACCUAGUGCCCAUCAUCCAGAACAAGUAUGCCACCCAGUACCGGCUGGCCGAUCUGAUCCAAAAGUCUAUCCCCGCGUCACGGAAAACGAUCUCGGAGGCUGUCAUGACCGAUCUGAACACAUGGCUGUAUCGCAUUCGUGAGACCUCGCAGUUUCUUGGCGAGGUUGCUUUCUUUGGCACAAGGCAGCGGCUGGACCGCCAGCGGGAACGUGCUGAACAAAACCCGUACUUGGGCCACUUCAAGCUGAACUCUGCCAUCGAGCUGGUUUUCGACGAGAGUGAUGAGUUUGAUGUCCUCGAUAACGAAGAAGUCCAGGUUGACUUUACACCACUACAUGAAGCGCUUCAUAUCCACGAGGCGCUAGGUCAAAUUGACAAAUUCCGUGCCGAGUAUGGGGCCACUCGACGUCAGCAAAAGGAUUUGCUGAUGCCGAGUUCUGUGAAUCUUUCAUCCGAUGAGGAAGACAACUCACUUCGUGAUCUGCUGGAGCAAAUCACCGGGUUCGCCGUAAUUGAAAAAGCAACGAUACAGCGUGCUCCGCAACUGCGAUCCACAGUCGAGGUUGACGAGCUGUGGGAUUCCAUGUGCCAGACUGCCAUCCGCCUCAUUUCAAGAUCGCUAACAGACGUGGAUAAUGCUGAACUGCUUUUGAAAAUCAAGGGAGAUAUUGCGCUAUUUAUCCAGACCAUGGAGAGCUGGAAUUACUCUGUCUCCAUGUUGAACAACUUCCAACUAACCCUCUUCUACAAAUACGCUGAACUGCUUAAGCGUAGAUUCAGCGAUGACUUUCAAGAGAUCGUCUCAACCGACGAUUACAUGCCUAUGCAAAUCAACAACACCGAGGAAUACGAAAAGGUCGUCAAAGUCAGUUGGUAUACUGAAGAGAAAGCUCCAGAAGAGCUCACGUUCCCCUGCGUCCUCCCCUUUUCACAGAUGUACCCUCUCUGCUGCAUUGAUAUCAGGAAUUUCCUGAAUCAGUUUUACUUUUUCUCUAAUGAUCAUUUCCAACAUCCCAACAUUGUCGAUGAGACGCUCAGAAAGUCACUGGAUGAGCUCUUGACGGAGAAGGUCUGCCGCACUCUCGUGGAACGUCUCAACUCCCAAUAUCUAGGCCAGAUCGUUCAGAUCUUGAUCAACCUGGAACACUUCGAAGAGGCUUGCCACCAGCUGGAACAGGAGCUAAUUCGCGCGCGAUCAUCAACAUCCGCAGGUGGCCCUGUCUCUCUCAAAUCAACUGAGGAGUUUAGGAGCAACAAGAAGACAGCCGAGAAGCGCAUAUUCGAACUUGUCAACUCCAAAAUCGACGACCUUGUCGACACUUCCGACUACAACUGGAUGACACCGUCAAAGCCCACUGAACCUAGUAAUUACAUGCAGACCUUGACGAGGUAUCUGGAGAACAUAAUGGGUUCCACCCUCCUCGGUCUGCCCCGGGAGAUCAAGGAGCUCAUCUAUUUCGAUGCGCUCAGCCACGCCGCCAACAAGAUCCUUGCUCUACCCCUGUCUCCAGACGUCAAGAAGAUCAACGCCAACGCUGUUGCCGCCAUGGCUAUGGACGUGCAACAUCUUUCUGCCUUCGUCGCCAAGCUUGAAAACGCCCCCAUGCUGGAGCAGAAUCUGGACGAGCUUCAGCAGACAAUCGCGCUCAUGCAGUCGGACAAUCACGAAGAGUUCUUUGACAUUUCCACGAGGAACAAGAAGUAUGGCCGUGUGGAUGCCAUGAAUGGACCGAUAUUAUUGGAAAAACUCACUCUGGGAAUCGAGAGCACAACCACGAGCCGAGCCGCUGCGCCGCUCGCUAACUUCGGAUCGCGCUUCGGUUUGCGUUGA